AUGGCCCCCAUCUCCGCCCUCUUCUCGGCCAUCCUUCUGCCCGCCCUCGCCUUUGCGCAAUCGAGCAGCACCACCAUUUCCGCCUCGGAAUCGAGGACCACGUCGACCGCCACAUCCAGCUCGGCCAGCACCAGCGGCACCGCCACGUCGACGAGCACGAGCGCCUACCCGUCGGCGACGCUGGCCAUCAACCAGGGCAGCAGCGGCUACGAGUACGCAGGCUGCUGGAAUGAGACGCAGGGCUUCGUGCAGGGCGGCGGCGUGCGCGCGCUGUCGGGCGGCAGCAUGAACGCGACGGACGAGAUGACGCCCGAGUGGUGCUUCGACUUUUGCGGCGGCUCGCAGUACGCCGGCCUGGAGUACGGACGAGAGUGCUGGUGCAGCCCCUAUCUCUCGAGCCUGUCGACCGAGCUGCCCGAGGGCGCGUGCGGCAUCCCAUGCAAAGCAAACGAGACCGAAGCAUGUGGUGGCUCGUGGGCGCUGUCGCUGUACAACCGGACGAGCGGCGCGGCGAGCUGGGGCGCCGGCGCAGGAAGGCAUGCUGUCUGGAGCGCCGUGGUCGUCGCGGGAAUGACAGCUGCGGCUGGAUUUGUCAUGGAACUGUGA